AUGAAGAAAAAUAUCAUUUCUUCAACAAUUAUCUGGAUCUUAUUUUCAUUUCAGUUGAUCGUAUCACAAGCUGGAGCUGCUAAUGAUUCUACAACUGGAGGGACAGGUAACUUGUGUAAUGGAUACGCUGAACUUUGCACAAGAUCAUAUCAAGCAGUUACUUUCGCGACUACACAUAAUGCGUUUGCUUUCGGUAAGCAAGCAGCAGCGAAUCAAGAUUUUGAUAUACCAACUCAACUAAAAGAUGGCAUUCGCGCAUUUAUGUUUGACGCUCACAAUCCAAACGACACUACUUCACAAUCAAUUGAACUUUGUCAUCAAUCUUGUGAUUUAUUGGACGCGGGAAAUCUCAUAACAACUUUACAACAAAUUGUCACCUGGUUGAAAUCAAACCCCAAUGAGGUGCUCACUAUUUUCUGGGAAAACUUUGACAAAAUAUCGCCAUUAAGAUUCAUGACGGCCUAUCAAACAUCAGGCAUCAUGCCUUAUGUGUAUUCACAACAAGAUACAAAGAGUGCUUGGCCCACCUUACAGUCAAUGAUUAACUCGGGAAAAAGAGUCGUGAACUUUAUUGAUGUUGGUGCAGAUCCAAGUGUUCCUUGGUUAAUGGCAGAAUACAAUUAUGUAUUUGAGACACCAUUCGAUAAUAGUGAUGCGAACAAUUGGCAAUGUACAGUAGAUCGACCAAAGGAUCAACCCCGUAGUAUGUACGUGCUAAACCACUUCGUGAAUGGUAGGUUACCAGCAGCUCUCAGCAAUGGACCACCAAUUGAACUUCCUCAACCAGGUUCCGCCGACACAACAAACGCCCAAAAUCUUCAACAACAUGCUGAUGCAUGCAGAGCAAAAUUCGGUAAAAUUCCGAAUUUUGUCGCAGUCGAUUUUUACGAGAAAGGCACCGGCAAUCAAAAUGUAUUUUCUGCGGUCGCGAAUUUAAAUGGCGUUCCAUAUGUCCCGAAACAACUCGGUAGUACUGAUACGGGAUCUAAUGAGGAUAACUCGUCUAGUAGUGUGCGUACUUCGAUUAGAUUCUCACAGACAAUGAUAGUAUUGGGUGUCGUUGCUAUUUUUGCUGUGGUGGGAUUGUAA